AUGGCGAAAUUCCUCACGAAAUUCACCAAUUGGCGAACAUCCACUAGUAAUUCGCCAAUUGGCGAAAACUACAAUUGGCGAAACGAUGAAUUGGCGAUAAGAUAUUACCCCUCUCAUGUACAACGUAAAGCUCAACAAACAUAUUCACUUCAAAUGACCAUUUACCUAGCAUUCAACCAGUGGUUGGAUAAGAGAAUGACCCGUGCAAAUUGGGGGUGUGAACUUGAGCCCACAUUAUAUACAAUUACAAUACCACAAGAAUAUAUUAAGAACAAAAAUCAAAUUAUUGAAAAUGAAGAAGAAUAUAGAAAAUUAAUGAUUAUAUACGCUUUAAAUGAUUGUUUAGCUGUAACAAAGCUCAUACCAAACAUAUAUGAUGAUAAACAACUUAUAAAUUAUGAACAAGAUCUAGUACCAGGUGAUUUAUUUUUAUCGGAUGAAAUCAAUCAUGAUGUCGAAAUUCAUGUACAACGGGAAGUUUCUGAAUUAAAUGAUGAUCAUAUACAUAUUGAACCAAUACAUAAUGCAUUAAUAGGGGUUCAUGUAAAAGAUGGACCCUAUGAAAUGAUUAGUGAUGACGAUUUGAAUGAUAUAUCAUUACCAGAAAUAAUGAAACUUCAUUUGCCUCAUAAACCACGUUAUUCCAAUGAAAAUGAAACAUACCAUGAAGCAUCAUUCAAUUAUAAUGAUAAUGAGGUGGUUCAUGAACAAGAUGAACCCUCAAAUCAAAUUGAAAUUAUAUCUGAUGAUGAUAUACAACCAAAUAUAGUGACUAAUCACCAUAAAAAAAAGAAUCAAUUAUUUACAAGGAAUCAAAGAAAAAAUCGACGAAAACGCGCAAAACGAUAUCGCUUUGAAAUUAUUCGGCAAGUAUAUAAUAAAUUUUCUAUUAGUAAUAUUAAAAAGGUUUUAAUAUUCAUGAAUAUUCAUUAUGUGAACAUUAAUGUCGUCGGACUUGUAUUAUUCUUGGGUGUGAAAAACGAACAAAUUAAACAAGAAGUCGACAAAGCAUUACACAGUGAAUUAUUCACGAAAUCACAUUAUUAUCACAUCCGCAAGAAAUUACACCUCGACAAAUGA